AUGGCUACAGUUGUUUCCCAGGUUGCUGUUAACCAAGAGAAGCCAGUUGACAGAGAGAAGACAUGUCCAUUGCUCCUGAGAGUUUUUUGUGCUAAUGGGAGGCACAAUCCAAUAUCCGACUAUAUGAGAGGUGGAGUGCCCGCAAACGAGCUUCAAAUGUACACCUGGAUGGAUUGCACACUUCGAGAGUUGACGUCGCUUAUCAAAGAGGUUAAUCCAGAUGCUCGACGUCGUGGAACAACUUUUGACUUUUCCAUAGUCGCACCCGAUCGAAUGAACAACCGCUACACCAUCCGCGAUAUUGGAAAUACUAUGAACGGUCAGAGAGGCGUUGACGAUGGUAAAUCGUUGGCAAUGUGUAAAUUUGAAAUUGGAGACUUCAUUGAUGUUGCGAUCACAAUGCCUGGAGUUGGACCUGCAUCUGUGAGAAGGUAUGGAUCGUUUGGAGCAAUGAGACGCAACGGUGACGAUUUUGAUCGUGAUAGGAGAAGAUUCAGUCCCAUUCGAGACAGAUAUUAA